AUGCUGUCCGAUCUCGACCCUCAAACUGCUUCAAUAAGGCACUACAGCGUGAAUGCUUGCUUGACGCCGCUGUGUUCAGUGUUUGGUAAGGCAGUUACAACGGUUGAAGGAGUUGGUAACUCGAAACAGCUGCAUGCAGUACAAGAGCGGGCACAUGGAUCACAAUGUGGAUUCUGCACUCCCGGUUUCGUGAUGGCGUUUUAUGCCUUACUGAGAAGCAAUCCAAAGCCGAGUAUUUCUGAAAUUAAUGAAGCAGUUCAAGGAUAUGUUCAUAGCUUGCAAAUUGAAGGUAAUUUAUGCCGCUGUACUGGAUAUCGUCCAAUUCUGGAUGCCAUGUAUUCGUUUGCUUCACCGGCGAAAAACUGCAGCAAGCAGUGUACGCUCAGAAGACAGCCCUGUAAAAUGAAUGGAGAUGUUGGGGAAACCAAUCAGGUUUUGCCUGUGGCGUUUUUUCAUUCAGUUCAAAUGCCUUCCAAAAUCCAAUAG